UUUAUUAUUCGGAUACGCGUUUAUGUGUUUAAAUCAAGACAACAAAUUUAUCUACUAAACGAUGAUUCGUUCCUUUUAAUGAUUACGUAUUUCCGAUUGGUGUCGUAUUUCCGACCGACAGAGAGCGCCACUGUUUUUGGCGCGCGCACGUACCGUGAUCCCCGUAUUUAUUCCUUAUAGAUAAACGAUUUAUAUUUGAAACGUAUGCGUUAUGGAGGGUUUAACAAAUUCAUUGUCAUAUUGGAAUUAGCUUCCAACGUAAUAAUAUCGAAUGAUCGAUCUCUCUUAUUGGUCAUGUUAACUCUAUUGGUCAUCAAACAGGAUUCUAACGUCGUGAUAUCAUCUCGUCUAGCAAGUUUUUGAUCGUAAUAAAUUUUAACGACGAUUGCGACACGAAAGAGAGGAUCAAACUACGCGUAUGUCACACGUAAUACACAUGAACGUACAAACAUCAUAUACACACGCACGCAAGACGCAUCAUACACGCAUAUACAGUAAGCACGCACAGCUGGAAAUUCAAAUCUCCUUAAGGAUAGGCAACCCAAUCGGCGAGCAGGUAGUGAAGGAUAACGAGACACAUAGGUGAAGAACAAUGUCACAGGUGCGUAGAAUCGGUCCGUUAAUGAAAAUCACCGAGGUCGAAGAGAAUUCUCCGGAAAAGGUUCAGGAUGUGUCACUGCAGAUAGUUUCGCCGGUAUCUAGUAUGAUUCGUGAUUUCGAUAAGUCUACGAUAUCGUUGAAAGAAUGUAUGGAAAGUGAUACGAACAAUUCAAAUCUGCGUCUGGAUUUGCCCACGGUAGUCUCGCCGAAUGUAGGAAAAGAACAAAGUCUAUUCAAGAAUGUAUUUAGAAUUAGAAGUACACCGGAAAAAGAGGUAGCUCCUAAACCAAAAGCACGAAGAUUAGUGGGCAUGGCGGCACGAAGAUUUGUCGGUCUUGAAACCUUUCCGCCAUCUACCAACAAAGAAAAUGGCACUGUUAACCGUAACGUCAACUCUAGUCCGCAGAAGAUAAAUGGAAAUAAAAAGUCACGCUUCCCUCUGGAAGAUUGCGACUCGAAUAAUCAGGAUAACGAGUAUGGAGCCAAUUUGCACGAGAGAGACGCACGUACAGGAUUUCAAUUCGCUGAGCCUCUUGGGGUACCACCGAGACGUAUGAACGUCGCAGAUGCACGAAGUCCUAUACAGUCACCUAUAAGAUCGUCACCUCGUGGAUUAUUAACGGAUCCAAUGAUCUUUCGUAGUUUGUCAUCGGGAUACGAGAGUAUGGAUGACGAUUUAAACGAUCUUAUGGAUUUGGACGCUUUGGACGAAGCAACGCAUUUACCAAAUGGUCUUACGAGUUUACUUUCUGGUAGCAUCGUUGGAUCGGAAAUAAUGGAAUAUGCUAUAAUAACAACACCGGAGUAUCCUCGUACAAAAGUGAAACGUUCCUUUCGACGUUCUUUGUCCUUACAAAACGAUCGAAAUAAUCCACAGUCGUCCGUAUCGAAAGUACGUUCCUGUCUAUUUCGUUCGCCCUCGACAACCUGUUCGACUCGCAAACUAGCAUUCGACGAUAAUACACAAACUCAUCGUAAUCCAUCGUAUCCGAUCGUGGAUUCACCACCAGCGAUGAGAUCGUUUAAACGGCCAGAUCCACCAGCCGAACUUAGUCCUCGAUUAGUCAAGAGGUCUAGGAUAUCGGUUGAUUUUCAACGUAUUCCCGAGGACGUCGAAUUGGAGAUUUCGUCUAAACAGACAACGUACGUAACGGAGAUCGAAACGAAGCUAGUCAAAAAAUCACUCAAGUCGUCAAAUUGCUUGGAGAAUAUCUCAGAGAAACAAGUAGAAAUCUGCGAGCCGAUUAAGAAGGAAUCAUUGGAAAAUAGUUUCGGUGAUAGUAAAACACACGCCAUGAUCAAAUCGGCGAUACACCGUAGCGUUACCGAUGCCGAUCUUACCGGUGAUUUUAGUAAACCUUGCAUUUUACCUCUUGCCGAGGGCCGACACGAUGACCUCAAAUCGAUCUCCGUUGAUACCUUGGCAGCUUUGAUGCGUGGUGACUUUGAAGAAUACAUUGAUUCCUUCGUUAUCGUCGAUUGCCGAUAUCCUUACGAAUACGAAGGUGGACACAUCCAAGGAGCACUCAAUCUUUACAGCAAAGAAUUGAUCGAACAACAUUUAAUCGAUCCAUUGACCAACGUACCAGAAAUACAACCUAACUCCUGCAAACGACGUAUCCUUGUAUUUCAUUGUGAAUUUUCGUGGGAACGUGGACCGAAUCUUUCCCGUUUUCUACGUAAUAUCGAUCGUCAACGUAACAAGGAACAUUAUCCUGCUCUUCAUUAUCCAGAAGUUUAUCUAUUACAUGGUGGUUACGAACAAUUCUACAAGGAACAAAGAAAUCUUUGCUCUCCUCAAGGCUACAAACCCAUGUCGGAUCCGAAUCACGAAGCCGAUCUCAAACAAUUCCGCGUCAAAAGCAAAAGUUGGCAAUCUGAAAAACCUGUAAGCAGAGUU